AUGACACUAAUUGCAAGAGUUGGGCACCACUCUACUUCUGACGACUUUACGCUAUAUAGAUCAAAAGAAGAGGUUAAAGAUUGGGAGCAAGAAGAUACUGACCCUAUUCUCAAGUUUAGCAAAUGGUAUGAUCUAGCUUUUGAGCAUCUUGACACGGAGGCUCUAAAAAAAGACACAAAAAAAGAAUUAUUGCACUGCUUAAAACUAGCAGAGUCAAAGAAAAAACCAAACAUCGAUGCAUUAUUCUGUGACGUUUAUGACAAUCUCACACCUAAUUUAGAAUUGCAAAAAAAAGAGCUGAAAAGGUUCUUGAUAGAAUAUCCGCAAGCCAUCGAUACUUCUUGCUUUUCAAAAUAG